AUUCUCAGUAAGUCAGUUUCUCUUUUUCAGUUUCUCAAUUUUUUCGUCGCACCCCUACGGACCAACCACACCGGUUCUCCGCCUCACCACGGGUCAUGCCCUUACCAUUUUUCCACCUCACGGCUCACGACCUCACCAGUCACCAGUCAUCCCAUCAAGAUUCAGGCCGGCGUCACUCGUCAGUCGCAUCACGCCCUCACCAGUCAGCCCGUCAAGACUCAGAUCGGCAUAACUCAUUUCAGAAAACAAACAGCCUAAAGAAAAUGGACAUUGAGCAAAAGAUUUGGGCUUCAGCUGCAGUGCUUUUCUUGACUACGGGUAUGGCUGCUUUCGACCACGCAGCGUGGCUUAUUUGCACUGCUGCAGCGCUACUACUGGGCGGACUUUUUGUAAUCCGCAAUUUUCCUCCAGUACUGUAUAUUCCACCUUAUGUUGUGCUUCCCCUUGCUCAUUUCUGCGAAGGCAUUGUAAUGAUAUUCACGCCGCUCUUGUUGAAACUGCUCUCCGGCCUGCAAGUAGACAAACCUCUUUUAUCUCUGUUCCUCUUCAUGUCUGCCGCGAGUUAUUUCUGUGUGCUCAUGAUGUUUAGGCCUGUCGUUACUGAUUUCUCGCUACUUUACUCUGUUACCUUUGCAUUUUUGUUGCUGCUGAGGGCCAUGGGUUCGGAUUCGGAUGGCCAACUUGGCUAGCUCCCUCCCUUUCAGCCUUGUUGUAUGUUCUUCGAAUUAUCCUGGAGUUUCGGGCUGAUGUCCGUGCAGCUGCUAGACGUGAUCAGUAGUUGUAUGAUGUUUAUGUUAUUGACAUAGACUUAGUUGUUUCUAACUUAGUUUUAUUGCAGAGUUGUAGUUUAGUUAGUGUCAUUACAAUGUUGGUUGUUGCUAAAAAAGUACUCUGGAAUAUCAAUAUAUGAUAUAGACUA